CAAAGACUUGGGUGCCCUUCAACAUUAACUGCAACUGAUGAAGGUGGGUUUCAUUUUUCAAUGAAACAACAAAUCCAAGAAAAAUAAAACCUUUCUUUUCUAGAAAAAAAAGGAAAGCUGAUUGCAGAAAGCAAUGGCAAGCUUUUUCUUCUUCUUCAUGUUCCCUCCUGCCCUUCUCUCUUUAAAUAAACCUUCCUUUUUUUUUACUUUCUCUGUCUAUCCAUUCUAUUGGUAUUAUCACUAAAGCUGAAUUCCUCUACAUUCCCACUCCUCCCCCACUCUUCCAUCUUCCACCACCUGUUUCUAAAGGAUUGAUUGAUUUGUUUUAUCUUCAACAUAUACUCUAAGAAAGGCUCAAAGCAAUAGCAACAUGUUGGAUCACACUACUGUUCCAGUGUUUCCCUCUGAUCCUUUCGAAAAUGGGAUCAGUCAGAAAAGAAAAAGAAGGCCAGCAGGUACCCCAGAUCCUGAUGCAGAAGUGGUUUCUUUAUCUCCAAGAACGCUGCUGGAAUCAGACAGGUACGUUUGUGAUAUCUGCAACCAAGGGUUUCAGAGAGAUCAGAACCUUCAAAUGCAUAGGAGAAGGCACAAGGUUCCAUGGAAGCUGCUGAAAAGAGAAACGCAAGAGGUGAAGAAGAGGGUGUACGUUUGUCCCGAGUCGAGUUGCUUGCACCAUGACCCUUGCCACGCCCUGGGAGAUCUGGUCGGAAUAAAGAAACAUUUCAGGAGGAAGCACUGCAAUCAGAAGAAAUGGGUUUGCGAGAAAUGCUCCAAAGGUUACGCGGUUCAGUCCGAUUACAAGGCUCAUCUCAAGAUUUGUGGCACCAGAGGCCAUUCUUGUGACUGUGGCCGUGUUUUUUCCAGGGUGGAGAGAUUCAUCGAACACCAAGAUGCUUGCACCGGUCGAGGACUUGGAGUUCAACGGCCUGAAUCGCAGGCGCUGCACAUUGGCUGCUCGUCUCGAACAGAUUCAAGCACUAGUCCAUUAAGCGAUACCAACUUUGGUAUGGCCGCUGCUUUCUUACAGGCCAAUGCGUCUACUUAUGAACACCGACACCAACUGCAACGCAACCUUGAACUUCAGCUUCUACCAUCAUCAAUCACUCAGUCACCGCGGAAUUCAGAUGAGAAUUGCGCGCCUUAUUUGAGGCUUUCGAUAGGGUCGAGUGACUGUGGCGAAAAGAGUGAAGUCAACAAGCUUGGUUUGGAUACAUUUAGGGAAAAGAAUGCUAGUGAAGCAGCAUCGGAAGCUACUAACUUGAAGGAGUUCGCAGGUGAGCAGCUAAAGUUGGCCAUGACCGAGAACACCUAUGCCGAAAAUGCUAGGAUAGAAGCGAAAAAGCUGAUUGAGAUGGCCGAGCUCGAGUUUGCAAGUGCUAAAAGGAUAAGGCAACAAGCCCAAGGUGAACUCGAAAAGGCUCAAGUCUUGAAAGAUCAAGCAACGAAAAAGAUAAGUGCUACUGUCAUACAAAUCACUUGUCAAGCUUGCAAGCACCAAUUCCAAACAUCAACGGCUGCUGUUCCAGCUGAUGAGACCUCACUUGCUAUCAGUUACCUGUCCUCAGCCACAACAGAAGGGGAAGUAGAGUGGCGGCAAGUUGAUCAUACAACGAAAAUUAUCGAUUCUUAGCCUUUAAAAUCUCUUUGUUUUAAUCCGAGUUUAUCACGUAGUUCACAUAAAAUCAUACAUUCG